AUGACGCGAAAUCAGCCUGCUCGGAGGCAGACCAUGCAACCAGAGCAGCAGCAGCAGCCGAAACUGCGGAAGAUGCAGCAGCAGCAGAUGGCACAGCAGUUUGUACCACAGCCAAUCUAUACAACACAACCUCAAAAGCUACAGCCACAGCUACAGGCUAAGCCAGUGGUCUUGGAGGUACAGCCGCUGCUACAGACACAUCUACUGCAACGUGAGACUGCUGCUGGUGCAAGACCAUCGGCUUCUGGAGCCAAGCGCACGACAUUGACGCGCAACCGAAACUACAACCAGGAAGGGAAGUAUCGGGGAGUGAGGAAGCGAGGCGAGUUUAAGUACGUUGCAGAGAUCAAAGACACCACUAUUGGGGUCCGCAGGUGGUUGGGCACGUUUACCAGUGCAGAGGAGGCUGCUCGGGCGUUUGAUGAAGCUGCUUUCGACCUCCGAGGAUCAAAUGCAAAGCUUAAGUUUUCGACAGAGUAUAUCACGGAAAGAGGGGGAGUACUGAGUUCUAUUCCUCUCGAGCUAGGAGCAGAUACGACGAAAACGGCAGGAAGGGAGGCAGGUAAUAUUGAUGAGAGUAAUGGCCCGGGAGUUCCAAGGAUUACGGAGUCUUUUCCAGGACAGGUGGAGAAGGGGGGGUCUACGAGCUCUGCCGCUUUAGGUGUGGUGGCAGCAGAAGCAGACGGAGGGUCAGCGUCGCCAGUUGAAGUUGCAGAGGAGGGAGAAGGAGGAGGAGGAAAAGGGGGAGUGGGAGGAGGAGGAGGAGGAGGAGGAGGAGGAGGAGGAGGAGGAGGAGGAGGAAGUGGGGUAGGAGGGGUGUGCAUAGCAGCAGAAGCGUCAGCAGUCACUGAUCGGAAUGGAGCUUAUUCUCCUGAUUGCAGCUCCACUGUCAGCAGCAGCAGCUCCGACAGAACCGCCCCUUUUGCCUCUGCCCCUUCUCCCUCUGUCCCCUUCUCCUCUGCUUCUUUCUCCUCUGUCCCUUCUGCCUCUGUCGCUUUCCCACACUCCACCCUUCUUGCCACCUCUGCUCCUUCCACCUGCACCGAUGUGCUACACUCCACCCUUCCUCCGUCCACCGAUCCUUCCAUCUCUGCCUCUUUCCCAUACUCCACCCUUCCUGUUACCUCUACCCCUUCCACCUCCAGCGAUGUGUUACACUCCAGCCUUCCUCCUUCCACUGCCCCUUCCAUCUCUACUUCUUUCCUACACCCCAUCUUUCCUGCUGCCUCUGCCCCUUCCACCUCCACCGAUGUGCAACACUCCACCCUUCCUCCUUCCACUGUCCCUUCCAUCUCUGCUUCUUUCCUACACUCCACCCUUCCUGCUGCCCCUGAUCCUUCCACCUCAACCGAUGUGCUACACUCCACCCUUCCAGCCACCUGGGAUUACAAUGUCGCAGUAUCUGGGAAAGUGAUGAUGCCACGUGGGAAUGCAUCCCAACAAGAAACAGAGGAGAUGGUGGAGGUACCCAACAUGAUGGCAGGCCCAGCUGCAAACAUGCUCACAAGCUGGCAUGCUGAAAUGAUGCAGCAUGCGCCUGCCAUGGUGCCCCCGUUUGAGUCGCUCUGGAUGCAUGACCAUGGCAUGCAGUAUGGGUUUACCAUGUCUCGCGUGUCUUCUACAUGUGUCAGACCACCGCGUAAUGCCGGUGCUGCUUGUGGUAUGGGUGUUGUGGGUGCUAAGGGUGGUGCAGGUCGCGUGGUUAGCAAUGCGCCGGUUGGUGGUGCCAGCAUUGCUGGUGCUGCAGCAGAAGUUGAAACAGCAGUCGCAUGCCAUGCAGCAGCAGCAACAGCAGCAACAGCAGCAGCAGCAGCAGGAGCAGCAGCAGCAGCAGCAGCAGCAGCAGCAGCAGCAGCAGCAGCAGCAGCAGCAGCAGCAGCAGCAGCAGCAGCAGCAGCAGCAGCAGCAGCAGCAGAAUCAGAAGCAACAGUCGCAUGCCAUGCAGCAGCAUGA